CGACACCACGUUAUCUCAUCAGAUAUUGCUCCCGAGUGUACCUCAACAUACCAGAAAAUCACAGAAGUUACUUAUCUUUCUCUUCUACAGUCUUCAGAAUCAUCAGGGUGCACAUUGACUCUUUUCAGUUUUUUUAUUUAAUUUAUUCUAUUUUUUGGCAAGGAUCAGGUGGUACAUGAUGGCUGCAGGAGUGGAGUCUCAGGUUUCUGUUGGGGCCCUCAGUGCUAUAUUUGAUGACACGAAAACGCCUGUCCAUGAGCCUGUUGUGCAGUGUGUCCAAGUCAAACCGCUACCGCCGCAACCAGGUCAUCAAGAACGCUAUCGAGCUGUCUUCAGUGACAUUUCCAAUUAUGUCCAGACAAUGCUUGCAACCCGUAAGUGAAAAGGCUAUGGCCAUCGCCAAAGUGAACUUGGAAGUUUGCCGACAGAUAGGAUGUUUACAUUAGCAGAAGCAAACCACCUUGUGACGAGUGGAUCGCUUCGAAAGGGAUGUUUUGCUCGGCUUAAGUCUUUCCAAGCCAAUUCAGUGAAAGGGAAAAAGAUCCUAAUAAUCCUUGAUCUCGAAGUACUCAGGGAACUGGGUGAAUGUGAGAAGAUCGGGGACCCAAAGCCACUGGAAAGCAGAAGUGAAGACGAAAGAUCUCAACCAACUACUUUUUCAAGCAAUGGCUUUUAUGGCUCCAAACCGCAACCCUUGCAGGCAGAUGCAAGUAGUCGAAGUCGAGCACAAUCGAUGCGGCCUACAUCUACCUCGGCACAUGCAACUAUAUAUCCGAUUGAAGCCAUAACCCCGUACUCCCACAAAUGGACAAUCAAAGCUCGCUGUACGAACAAAUCUAACAUCAAAACCUGGCACAACAGAAAUGGUGAAGGGAAACUAUUUAGUGUCAACUUACUUGAUGACAGCGGUGAGAUCCGCGCUACUGGGUUCAAUGAACAAUGUGACGUGCUUUACGAUCUCUUCCAUGAGGGGAGUGUCUAUUAUAUCUCAAGCCCCUGCCGUGUACAGAUCGCCAAAAAACAAUUUACUAAUCUAAACAACGAUUAUGAACUCACAUUUGAGAAGGAUACAGUCGUUGAAAUGGCUGAAGAUCAGAAUGACGUUCCACAAGUUCGGUUCAAUUUCACUACUAUUGGCGAGUUGCAAUCUGUGGAGAAAGAUACGACCAUCGACGUCAUAGGGAUUCUGAAAGAUAUCGGUGACGCUUCUCAGGUCAUCUCUAAGACAACAAAUAAACCAUAUGACAAGCGAGAAUUGACUUUAGUUGAUGCCACCGGAUUUUCUGUUCGGUUAACGGUUUGGGGCUCCACAGCAACAAAUUUUUCUAUCCUGCCUGAAUCUGUUGUCGCUUUCAAGGGAGUCAAGGUCUCUGAUUUCGGGGGAAGAAGCUUGAGUUUAUUGAGCUCUGGUUCGAUUACUGUGGAUCCUGAUAUUGAGGAAGCACACAGACUCAAGGGCUGGUACGAUGCUCAAGGCAGGACCGAGACUUUCACUUCUCAUGCUGCCUUAUCCAACGCAACUAGUUCCACUACUAGGACAGACCUUUUUAAAACCAUCGCACAAGUACGCGAGGAGCAGUUAGGCAUGUCUGAAGAAGCAUCAUUCUUCUCCCUAAAGGCCACUGUUAUUUACAUAAAACAGGAUACUGUCAGCUAUCCUGCCUGUCUUUCUGAUGGGUGCAACAAGAAGGUGACCGAACUUGAUCCGGGCCAAUGGCGGUGUGAACGCUGCGACAAGACUUAUUCACAUCCUGAAUAUCGCUAUAUAAUGCUUGUCAAUGUCAGUGAUCAUACGGGCCAACUCUGGCUAAGCUGCUUCGAUGAAGUAGGGAGACUAGUUAUGGGCACAACCGCAAACGAUCUAAUGGAAAUUCGGCAAAGCGACGAAAAGGCGGCCGAUAGAAUAUUUCAGGAUGCUAAUUGCCAGGCGUGGAAUUUCAGAUGCAAAGCCAAAAUAGAUCAUUUCGGUGAUCAGCAACGUGUUCGCUAUCAGGUAUUCUCGGCUAAGCCUAUUAACUACUCGGAGGAAGCCCUGCGCCUCACUGAAGUAAUUAAUUCCUAUACCGUGGGCUGAAUAUACAGUCCCUUCCACGGUGCUAAUAUCGGUGGUCCUCGUUUAUUCUGUUCUUCAUAACUUUAUAGGGCAUGUACUCUGCAUGUCCUCGGGAUUUAGAUUCGAGAUUCAGAUAAUGACCAUGGUUCAAAUUGAGUUUAUUUCACC